AUGUGGACAAGGUCAGAGGUCGAAACUUCAACAAUUCAUGAUACAGUAGCUGAACUGCAAGAACUUAUUGAUGAAAUGCGCUUACAAGAUUUUGAUUCAAUUCGAUUUGCAACAUAUCGAGCAGCUUCCAAGAUUCGUUUUAUACAAACAAAAACUAAUGUUCAUUUGGUUGAUAUAUGGAAUAUUAUUGAAUCGUUUCGAGAAAAUGGUCUCAAUGCACUUCCCGUUACUUCACAAGAUGCAUUCAUGUGA